CUCUCAACCUGCGCAGGUACACAAGACUUUAAUAUUUCGAAACCACUCGUCAAGGAUGGAAACAAAAUGCUGAUGUUUAAAGACAGUAGUCUGUCUGAGGAAGAGGUUCCAAUGGGCAGGUAAGGAGCAGCAAAGCUUUAUUUGAAAGAAACAGCAGCGGACAUAAGUCCUCAGGGUAUUCAGGACAGACAGGCUCUACCAGGCUUAGGUUACCGGAAGUGACAACCAGGUGAGGGCUCGGCAUGAGGCUCCUCCUUCGAAUGGUGUCUGUCCGUGUCAUGAGUUUGUUUGGAAAGUUAGAGAGGUGGACAGCAGCUCAGGUGAGAUGGGGAACACAGGAAGCUUUUGGGGAGAGAAGAGGGACUCCAAGAAACAGCAGGCGAGACAAGCACCUGCCAUACCAGAAAUCUCAGUGACUGAAGCGUCGCCUCUUUCGGAAGAGGAAUUUGUGUUCACCCUACCCAGCCCUGUAAGGACUAAUAGCACAGGACAGGCGGAUUCAGCUACUGCAGCGCAUAUUCAAGUUGUGAGCAGCAGCAGAAACUCUGAAGGAUCCCACUGCAGAUCCAGGCAGCCUGAGACAGACGACGUGGACAAUGAGGGACAGUUUGAUACUUGCAGUCUCAGUGGCAGUGAAGGUAACAGCAGCCGCAAACACUUCAUCCAGGUCAUGAUGGACACUUCCCCCCAGGUGAGGCGCAGCAUGGUGCUGCGCAGGUCAGUUUACCUGUCCUCCAGGAGUGUCAGUGACUCCGGCUCCAUGCUCUCCUCCACCCUGGAUGAAGACAGGACUUCAGUCACUCUGGACCCUCUGGAACAUGAGUGGAUGAUGUGUGCUUCAGAUGGUGAGUGGGACAGCUUGAACCGCCUCCUCUCCACUGAACCCAGUCUCAUCCUAAGGAAGGAUUUUGUCUCUGGGUUCACCUGCCUGCACUGGGCCGCCAAGCAUGGCAAUCCUGAGCUCAUAGCACUUAUUAUUAGCUUUGCCAAGCAGAACAACAUUCCAAUUGAUAUUGAUGUUAGAUCCAACACUGGCUACACGCCUCUACACAUAGCUGCUAUGCACAACCACAUGGAGGUGGUGAAGAUCCUGGUGGGCGCCUAUAAUGCUGAUGUAGAGACCAGAGACUAUAGUGGAAGGAAGGCCUGCCAGUACCUUACUGACAGUGUGAGUGUGGACAUACAGGACAUCAUAGGAGCUUACGAGCAAUCAAACUCAGAGAAUGCUGACUGCAGGGACAGAGGCCUUUGGAGGUUCUCCAAGGUUCUCCAAUCUAACCUGAAGCCCCUCUGGCUGCUGAACCUAAGUGACUUUGACUCUGUAGAUGGGGAGGGCCGAAUCAGAGAGAAACCCCUGAGGAGAAGGUCUUCUCUCAGCAGGAUGAAGCCAAAACUGCAGAGGCUUCGCUUGAGGGCAUCACAGAUUGUCCACAGCACAACUUUCCAUGAUACAGUAGACUUGGAGGGGUCUGAGGAAGAUUUCUGUAAGUCCAGACCUAAGACAAAUUUCUUUGGGUGAGACAGAGACAGCAAAAUCUUUAUUCUUGAUUAGGUGGAAGAUGUGUUAAAGCUCUCAGCUCCAACUACAUCUAUUAAAUUACAUCAAAUGCAAUUUGGACCCCUGGCACUCAUAUUUUAUUGGUAUUUAUUUGAGUUUUUCCAUAAUAAUUGUGUCAUAAAUGACUAAUUCACGUUCUGUUACAGUGUUUUAAUGACAGGACUGAUCGGAUAAAAACAUACUUUACUGUAACCACAUUUGUUGGGAAAUGAUUGCAGGUCAGCCAAAUUAUUUUGUUCUGUCCAGAGCUGACACUAAAGCCCCUUGACUUUUACUGGACCGCUGCAGAUUUCACUCAUGCAAUGUAAAGCGAUAGUUCAGCGCAAAAUGAAAACUCCACUUCUUCAGACAUAAUGAAACAACUGAAAAAAAAAAUGUAACGUGCCCCCUUACUGCUCGUGUGGUGUCAUCCAAGUGUCUGCAAGCCCUGAUUUUCAUGUUCGACUCAAAGCCUCAAAGUCCACUACCAGAACAUGCACCCCACGCGUGGCCUUGGGCAAGAGUGUGUGCAGUUUUCCGGUGUGCCCGUGGUUACGUGACUACUCCUCCAGGAGGAUCAGAGGACACUUAGGCUGAAAACACGGUGUAAAUGACGCUUUUUCGAAUAUGAAUGUCAGGGCUUGCGAACACUUGGAUGACACCA